AUGAUUUUUGCCAUCGCAUCCUUCACCAGCACACUGACGUCCGCCAUAUGGUCUACGAUUCUUCAUCACCAAUCGUCCAAGAAUUGCCGCGUACCAACAUUCCUCAGCGAGUACAACAACAAAUACACCUCGUUGGACGUCAUCAUAGAAGCAUUAGUCAAUAUCAACGGCGCCGAGGUCUUCAACAAAGGGUUUUGUAUCGCAGAUCAAGGAGAUUAUCUCAGGGCAUCUGCCGUUGGCGACGAAGGAAUUCCUACCAAUGCCAUUGAGUUAUUUGUCUUCGUACCGGAGGAAAGCGAGCGCAUGGACAGGCUGUACCGUGAUCUACUUAAUAAUGCGUAUGCUAGAGGCAUCACAGAGUACCGAACACAUGUCGACUACAUGGACAUGGUGCAAAGCCAUUACGAGGGCCUAUUCAAUCAGUUCCUCAACACAUUGGAAAUCCGGCUGGACCCUCAUGACAUCUUAUCACCAGGCAAGUCAAGUAUCUGGGGG